AGCUGUGCAUCAGGUUGUCAGCUCCAGCUGACAGGCAGAACCUCUGAAGUACAGACAGAGAAAAGGACUGAACGGUGGUCAGCAUCGUGCACACAGGAACAAGAUCAACCAGCUUUCACUUCACAGGAUGGGUUACUCUCUCUUCUGAAGACAGUUUGUGCAACUCGGAGGCAGCUCUUUGGAUUAGGAAUCUCUGAAGGCUGAAAACCCAAGUUCUCGCGUGGCCUGUUGCUGGUGCUCACCAUGAGCAUGGAUGAAGACACACGAUGGUUGGUUUGGGUGACCAAGCAGUUUGAGAACAUCGCAGGAGAAGAUAAAGAGAUUGACCUGGAUGAGUUUAAAACAGCCCUGAAGGUCAAGGAGUCAUUCUUUGCUGAGCGCUUCUUUGCACUGUUCGACUCUGACGGCAGCGGCACCAUCACUCUGGAUGAGCUGCUGAAGGCUCUGGAUCUGCUCAUCCAUGGCAGUGAGACAGACAAGCUCAAGUUCCUGUUCCAGGUUUAUGACGUAGAUGGCAGUGGUUCUAUUGAUCCAGAUGAGUUGAAAACUGUGCUCAAGUCCUGUUUGCGUGAGAGCGCUAUCUCUCUGCCAGAGGAGAAGCUGGAUGAUUUGACGCUGGCAUUGUUUGAGUCAGCUGAUCAAGACAACAGUGGCUCCAUCACAUUUGAAGAGCUCAAGGCUGAGCUUGAAAAUUUCCCAGAAGUGAUGGAAAACCUCACCAUCAGUGCUGCAAACUGGUUGAAGCCUCCUGAGCUGGAUCAGAAGAAAAGGCACACUCCCCGUUACCUCACCCGGACCUACUGGCACAACAACAGCCGUAAACUACUGUUCCUCUGCGCCUACACCUGCCUCAAUCUGCUGCUGUUCAUUGUAGCCAUGAUGCAGCACAGCUUUGGGGGACCGUGGUUCAUGGUCGCCAAGGGCUGUGGCCAAUGCCUCAACUUCAACUGCACCUUUGUCAUGGUUCUGAUGCUGCGUCGCUGUUUAACUUGGCUGAGGGCAACGUGGGUUGUGAGAGUCUUACCUUUGGACCAGAACAUCUUGCUGCACCAGAUUGUGGGCUAUGCCAUUCUCGUCUUCACGCUGGUGCACUCUACUGCUCACGUUUUCAACUUUGUCCGGCUGACACACAGCAGCCAGUUCAGUCUGUGGGAGUACCUGCUGACAACGCAGCCCGGCAUCGGUUGGGUCAAAGGCACUGCUUCUGUGACUGGGGUGGUCCUGCAGGUCAUUAUCUGUCUCAUGGUGCUCUGCUCAAGCACGUUUGUGCGUCGCAGUGGACACUUUGAAAUCUUCUAUUGGUCUCACCUGUCCUAUGUGUGGGUGUGGGCUCUUCUCAUCGUGCACUGUGCCAACUUCUGGAAGUGGUUUGUGGUUCCUGGAGUGGUCUUCCUGGUGGAGAAGAUUGUGGGAAGUGCAGUCUCUCGUAUGGGAGGACUUUACAUCGUGGAAGUCAACCUGCUACCAUCUAAGGUGACUCAUCUGGUAAUCAAACGUCCACAAUUCUUCCAUUUUAAACCAGGAGAUUAUGUCUACAUCAACAUCCCAGUCAUCGCCAAGUAUGAGUGGCAUCCGUUUACCAUCAGCAGUGCCCCAGAACAACCCGAUAACUUGUGGCUACACAUCCGCUCUAUGGGCCAGUGGACCAACCGGCUGUAUGAGUAUUUCAGACAGCUGGAAAGUCAGGUAGUCAUCCCCAGGAGACUGACCACUAGCCUCAGGAACCGAAAACAACUGAUGAAGACGCAGGAAGGUUUAUUUAACUCAACAAACUAUAAUGGAACAGUGGCCUCCAAUGAGGAUGAGGCUGUUGAGCUGACUAUGUACCGGCAGAAUGGAUUUCAGUCUAGUCCAAGUCCAACAUCACUGUCUGAACCUCCAGGGUCAAAGGAAGCCCUCCCGGAUGAGCUAGGACUAGCAGAAAGAGGAGAGGCUCCUCCACUGCAACAGAUGUCAGCCACAUUUAGGGAAAACCACAGGUUCUGCAACAUAAAGUGCUAUGUAGAUGGACCCUACGGGACUCCGACAAGACAGAUCUUUGCUGUUGAGCAUGCUGUCUUGAUUGGUGCAGGCAUUGGGAUCACACCAUUUGCUUCAAUCCUCCAGAGCAUCAUGUACCGAUACCGGAUGAGGAAGCAACACUGUCCUAACUGUAACUACUCCUGGUGUGAAAACAUUAAAGACAGCGACAUGAAGCUACGGAAAGUGGAUUUUAUCUGGAUUAACAGAGACCAGAAGUCAUUUGAAUGGUUUGUCAGUUUAUUGACUAAGCUGGAGAUGGAGCAGGCUGACGAGGAGCCAGAAGGCCGUUUCCUAGAGAUGCACAUGUACAUGACAUCAGCGCUCAGUAAGAAUGACAUGAAGGCCAUCGGACUGCAGAUGGCACUGGACAUUUUGGCGAAGAAGGAGAAGAGAGACUCCAUCACUGGGCUGAGGACAAGAACCCAACCUGGACGACCUGAUUGGGGCAAGGUGUUCCAGAAGAUGUCUGAGGAGAAAAAAGGGAAGGUCCACGUAUUUUACUGCGGCGCUGCUGCUCUCGCUAAAGUCAUCAAAGCCCAGUGUGAGCACUAUGGCUUCAACUUCUACAAGGAGAACUUCUGAAGAGGUUCAAACCCCACUGCUGCCUUGCUCUGCUACCUUGCACUGCUGUGCAUGUAAAUGACUGAAAAAUGGUUGCUGCUCUCUUCGCUGUUCUAUGGAGAACAGUCUGUUUCUGCCGUGGUUUUCUGGACAGUGGGGGGUUAUGUCCUGUUAAAGUGGAUAUGCACACACAUCCGUGUGGAGUUUGUGGUGGUUCAGUUGUGGUUUUGUGGCAUGAAUAAGCUUCUUAAUAAUUCUACAUACAGUAUACUGUUUGAUUCCGAUAAUACACCGGUCAGCCAUAACAUUGUGACCUUGUCACAGUCGCUCUAUUCUUUAGAGCGACUGAUCUAAUCAUCCUUGUUUUUCCUGCUUCCAACAGAUCAACUUUGUGGACAAAAUGUUAACUUGCUCACGCCCACUGACAGGCUCCAUUAUAGCACCAUAAUCAGUGUUGUUCUGUUCACCUCUCAGCGGUCACAGUGCGUUAUGGCUGAUCAGUGUAUGUCUCAUAUUCACCAAUUUUAUGUAGGUUUUUUUUAAUAGCUACUGUACGUUGUUUGCUCUUCUUUUCCUCAUCCAUCUUUGUUUGAUCAUUCAGGAAACAUUGUUUUACAUAAAUAAUUUGUGACCAUGUGCCAAAAGAAGGCUCAAUGAUAUAUUGAUACUAUUUGUUAUAUCAUCCUUUGGGACCAUCCAUAGAUCAUUUUUAUGCUACAGCAGUGCUUAUUUUUAUGGUAUCCAGUGCUUUAUGUCCUUAAAUUUGCACAACCCAUGCUAUCUAAUAGUUACCCAAUAGGUUUAUGCUAGAAAACAAAAGAUGUAAUGGAAUAAAUGUUGGAAACACAAAUUUGAUUCUUCAUUUAUUUUAUGUAAAACAG